CUGGUGGGAUGAUGCCAAAGUUCACUACAUAUAUUCACUGCAUCUACUCAGAGAGUCUUCAUCUCCCAAAGCUUCCUGCUGUCAACACCAUCAGAGAUUCACCCACACAUACCCACUGCUGACCACAAGUGAGGCCCCAGGGAGCCCAGGAGAUCAUGAAGCUGAAGCUGCCAAACCCAGGCCUGGAUGACAGGGUCCUGAACCAUGAUGCGCUGGAACGACUAGAGGUGGAGGAGGCUGGAGACAGACCCAAGUGGGACAACAAAGCCCAGUAUAUGCUGACCUGCGUGGGAUUCUGUGUGGGUUUGGGCAACGUCUGGCGCUUCCCUUACCUGUGCCAGAGCCAUGGAGGAGGGGCCUUCAUGAUUCCCUUCCUAAUCCUGCUGGUUUUCGAGGGAAUCCCUCUCCUCCAUCUGGAGUUUGCCAUCGGUCAGCGGAUAAGGAAAGGAAGUGUCGGUGUGUGGAGAAGUAUCAACCCCUACAUGCUAGGAGUUGGUAUUGCAUCUAUGUUUGUGUCCUUUCUGGUCAGCCUGUACUAUAAUACCAUCAUAGCCUUGGUUAUGUGGUACUUCUUCAACUCCUUUCAGGAGCCUUUGCCUUGGAGCCAGUGUCCGGUCAACGACAACAGGACAGGACUCGUUUCCGAGUGUGAGAGGAGCUCACCUGUGGAUUAUUUCUGGUAUCGUGAGACUCUGAACACCUCACCGGUCAUAGAUGAGACGGGAGGUCUGCAGUGGUGGUUGGUACUUAGUCUCAUCUCAGCCUGGGGAGUGCUGUACGUCUGCUGCAUCCGCGGAAUAGAGACGACCGGAAAGGCUGUUUAUGUGACGUCUACAUUGCCAUAUGUAGUUCUUACGAUCUUCCUGAUCAGAGGGCUGACUCUGAAAGGAUCUGUUGACGGCAUUAAGUUCCUCUUCACUCCAGAUAUAAACGAGUUAGCAAACCCAACCACAUGGUUGGAUGCAGGUGCACAAGUGUUUUAUUCAUUUUCUCUGGCUUUUGGAGGUCUCAUCUCCUUCUCCAGCUACAACUCUGUGCACAAUAACUGCGAGCAAGAUGCAGUAAUCAUUUCCAUCAUUAAUGCCUUUACCUCAAUCUACGCUGCCACUGUCAUCUACAGCAUCAUUGGUUUCAGAGCUACAGAGAGAUUUGAUGACUGUAUAAGUGGGAACAUCUUGACUCUUCUGAACACAUUUGAUCUGCCAGAUGGAAACAUCACUGAGAGCAACUAUCAAGAGGUUCUUCACAGUCUUAAUACUACAAGCCCUGAUAUCAUCAGCAGCCUCGCUCUCAAGACCUGUGAUCUAAACAGCUUCCUCAGUGAGGGUGUAGAAGGAACAGGUCUGGCCUUCAUUGUGUUCACUGAGGCAAUCACCAAGAUGCCACUGUCUCCGCUCUGGUCCGUUUUGUUCUUCAUCAUGCUCUUCUGUCUCGGCCUGUCCUCCAUGUUUGGCAACAUUGAGGGUGUUCUAGUUCCCCUGCAGGACCUGAAGGUCUUUCCCAAAAGCUGGCCUAAAGAGGUCAUUUCAGGGAUAACGUGCUUGGUGUGCUGCCUGGUUGGGCUGAUAUUUGUACAGGGCUCAGGGAACUACUGGCUAGCCUUGUUUGACACCUUUGCUGGCUCGAUUCCUCUCCUCGUCAUUGCUUUCUCUGAGAUGAUUGGAGUUGUGUAUGUCUAUGGGAUAGACAGAUUCAAUGAAGACCUGAUAUUUAUGAUUGGACACAAACCUAACAUCUUCUGGCAGGCCACAUGGAGAUUCAUUAGUCCCAUCAUCAUGUUAGCCAUCUUCGUCUUCUACUUUUCCACCACAGUCACUAAGGAAAUCUUCUACAUUGCCUGGGAUCCUGAAUCGGAAAACUUCCCAACUCUUGAGAAGAAGCCAUAUCCAUCAUGGAUAUAUUUAAUAAUCUUUUUCCUGGCUGGGAUCCCUAGUUUGGCUGUACCCGGCACUGCUGUUUUCAGAGCCAUACGGGAAUACUGCUGCAAGAAACAUCCCAGCGCCUCAGUCAAAGAAAUCAAUUCUGUAUCUUAUAAAGUUCAUAUGCAGGAUGAAGAACUAAAGACACAAAAGUCAGAGAAAUCAGAUCAAAAGUUCUACACAUGAGAUCCAAUUUAAAGCUCUGGCUGACACAUACAUUCAAAGGUUAAAUGCCUUUUCCAGAAUUGCUGGAAUAUUGCUAUUAUUUUUUGACAUUGUCCUUAAAGGGUUACUCCACCCCUUGAAAAUGAAAAUGUUGUCAUUAAUAACUUACCCCCAUGUCGUUCCAAACCCUUAAAAGCUUCGUUCGUAUUUGGAACACAAUUUAAGAUAUUUUGAAUGAAAACCGGGAGGUUUGAAACCGUCCCAUUGACUAUCGAGACCCAGAAAAGUAUGAAAGACGUCGUCAAAAUAGUCCAUCUGCCAUCAGUGGUCCAACCAUAAUUUUAUUCAAAGACUUUAUUCAACAAUUAAACGAUUCAGCAGAUUAAAUGAAAGACUAACGGUAGAAUCGUAUACUGAUGGAAUUACAGUGGAAUAAACUAUAAAACAUAACAUCUAUCUACCUAAUCUGUCACGUUGUAAAGACUACAGCAAUCCAGCCGUUCUCCCGUAGUAGACGGCUACAGUAGAACGUCAGGCAUUAGCGGUUAAAGUCACAAACGCGUAUUCUCGUCGCUUCAUAAAAUUCAGACUGAACCACUGAUGGCAGACGGACUAUUUUGACGAUGCUUCUUACUUUCUGGGGUCUUGACAGUGGUAAUUACCUGACAGUCAAAAUCCUCCCGGUUUUCAUACAAAAUAUCUUAAAUGUUCCGAAGACGAACAAAGCUUUUACGGGUUUGGAACGACAUGGGGAUAAGUGAUUAAUGACAAAAUUUUUAUUUAGGGGUGGAGUAACCCUUUAAAAAUAUACCUCUAUUAGCCAAAAUGUCAUAGUGGAUCCAGCUUUACUAGCAGUGUAUGGAUAAAUUAAGAUUUGAAUAAGGAUCUGCUGAAAUGUUUAUAUAUAUAUAAAAAAUAUUAAAUUGCUCAAUAUGUUAGUGAAAUAUAAUUGUGAGUAAUAUAAGAGAAAAUAAUAAGAGAAUUCUGUGUCAUAUUUGGUAAUGGCAUAUGGCAAAGGCUUGUUUUUAAUUUAUAGAUAAAUGUAUUUAUUUUUGUAACUAAUAAUGGCAUUUAAUUAUGAAUUAUGACUGAACUGUAUUUUUUAAGAUUUGAUCUACACAUUUAUUUUUGGUGGUCAAAAGGGUAGCAGGCUGUAAGUUCCCUUUUUCAUGAAACAUCCGGGUCAAUAAAUCCACUUGUUAUUUAUAA